AUUUUUUCAGUUAAAAUAUACAACCUGUAUUAUUUUGUAAUUGAUUAUUGUUAUUUGUAAUUUACCUUAUUGUAGAUUCAUAAUACUGUAAAACGCUAUGCUUUAUAACAUAGCGAUUAUUAGUAUAAACGGUUUUUGUCGUAAACAAUGCAUUCAUUAUAAUAAGAAUUAUCUCUUUAUUACUUCUUAAUCAGAGAAGGUAGAUUUCACGUGUGGAUAUCAUCUCGAAAUGACAAAAUAAAGAUACAUUAACAGUGUAGAUAGAAAGAUACAUUAACAGUGUAGAUAGUUAAGAUGUACAACACUGAAUUUGAGAUGAUUCAUACUCGUAUCCCAUUUAAAUAUUUAGAAAUUCCGUAACUUUGGAAUCCCACAACAGAAAGUCUUUGUUACCAUAUAGUGUACAUUUGUUCAUAAAAUUUCGAUUUAAUUUAGCGGAAAUCAAUCAAAAAACUACAUUUGUAAACUACCUAGAACAAUUCGUGUUGUAUGAUUAAGAUACUUGUAAACAUGUUAUACGUCCCUUUUAAAAAUCUCACAGUAGAUACCCACUUUGUUGAAAAUGAUUUCAGCAUUCCAAAUAUAUCUAUCGCCUUGGUCUAUGACAUGACAACUGAAGUAUAAUUAUUUAUUUUGAAAACUUUUAUCGGCCACUAUCUUGGACCUUAAUAGUUAUCGAUAAAAGCGGAAGAAUAAAACUUACUACUUAAAUUGCUUAACAAUUUAAAACAUAGUAAUGGCCGCCACAUUUUAUUUUUUGAGACUUGCUAAUGAUCGUAUUUAAGCCAUAUAUAAGAAAUAGCCUACACAAUUUAGUUAAUCAGCUAGAAAUUACGCCAAAUAUAAUGAACAACGUUAUUUCAGCAAUAUUUCUAUAUUCUACUAAAAAAAACUUUUAUGGCUGUUAUCUGAAAGUUUUACAGAAUAUCAUAAAAACGAAAUAACUACUAUUAUUUUAAAUGGCUUGAAAAUUAUAGCAAUUCUUUUUUGGGGUACAUAUUUUUAUAUAAAACCUAAUAAUGCCUGUCUGUGUUAAGAAUUUGUGUGUUAUUCAUUUGCGAUAAAAAAUCCUGGACCGACUGUAAUGAAGUUUUUUAUGGCCAUUUAUAGGUCCAUGGUUAACACAUUAACACUUUGGCCUAUCUUUGUUCCAAAAAUCCCUCCAGGAAAGGCCUACUGGUCUUUCCUUAUCACUCCAUUAUCCGUUAUAUUUAAGGAUCUGUCAAAGUCAAGAACAACUUUACCACUUAGAAGAGGGUAAUAAUAACUAAAAUAAAGAAGAAGUUAUGGGACUUAUAAGUUCACUGUUGCUCUGUCUGAGCACCUUAGUAGUGGCUCUCCUCUUAUGCCUCGUCUUCUAUAUAAAAUAUAUGUCAAUCGUUACUUCGAAAAGCGUGGGAUGCACUUUGACGGACCGUCUCUGUCGCUGACUAGCCUUAUCACUUCAGCUCCUGUACAGAAGUCAUUCUCGAGCAUUUUAGCCGACCUUUACUCAAAAAACAAAGAACUCAAAGUGGUCGGUUAUCUUUCCUUGUGGAAGAAGAAAGUCCUCAUCGUUGAUUUGAACGUGAUAAGGGACGUCCUAGUGAAAGAUUUUGACAUGUUUCAAGACAGAGGCUUGUACUACAACAAAGAAGUUGACCCUCUCUCAGCACACAUUUUUGCGCUGGCCGGGCAUGAGUGGAAGACGACUAGAGCAAAAAUGAGUCCGACGUUUUCUUCAGGGAAGAUGAAGGGAAUGUUCAAUAUCAUCGUGGAAUGUGCCAAAGUGAUGGUCCAAGUUGCGGAACAAUUAUCGUCCAGAAAUAAAUUUGUUGAUUGCCAGACGUUGUUCUCCAGAUAUGGAUUAGCGGUUAUAUCGAACACUUCCUUUGGUCUUGACAGCGACGCUUUGACCAAUGAGGAUUCUAGAUUUGUCAAGAUGGCCAACAAGCUAUUCGCGCCGACGGCAGAAAGAAUACUGACAGCACUUCUCAGGUUCAACAAUGAUGUAGCCAGAUUGUUCAAGAUGAAAGUAACCCCCCCGGAUGUCUCCGACUUCUUUAUAUCUCUUGUGAUGGAUGCCAUCAAGUACAGGGAGGCCAACGGCGUCGUUAGAAAUGAUUACUUGCAACUUCUGAUUCAACUUCGAGAUUCUGGAUCUUUUGGAACUGAAGAUGCUAAAGUAAGAUUCUCAGACAUGGAAGUGGCUGCUGAGGCAUUCGUGUUUAUCGUGGCCGGAUCUGAGACAACGUCCCGAGCCAUGAGUUUCUGUCUGUACGAGCUGGCAAUGAACCCCGCUGUACAGGCGAGGCUCCUGGAGGAGGUCGACUCUCUCCGGGAGAUUUCUUAUGACAGCAUUACCAACUUGGAGUAUCUCGACAUGGUUGUUGACGAAACGCUAAGAAAGUACCCUCCUGUGGCAUUUUUAGUCCGUGAGAGUUCUCAGGAUUACGAAAUCGCUGGUACAAAGAUUGUAAUCGAGAAAGGCACUCAAGUUUUGAUGUCAGUACAAGGACUUCACUACGACCCAGACCUGUUCCCAGACCCGGAACAGUUCAUUCCUGAACGGUUCAGCAAGGAGAAUAAGGUCAACAUUAAACCUUACUCAUACAUGCCAUUCGGCGAAGGACCUAGAUUUUGUAUAGGUCAGAGAUUUGGAAAAAUGACGGUGAAGACUGGGCUUGCAAUGCUGCUCAGAAAGUUCCAGGUACACCGUUCUCCUUCCACUCCAGAAACGAUAAAGUUUCACCCAAGGACCGUCAUCACUACUGCCCUUGGAGGAAUUUGGCUUAAACUGACAGACAGGAGUUCCGGAGAAACUGUUGACUUAGAUGGUGAUCGUUGAAGAUCAAAGACACACAUUUGAGUGCAUUAACUCUUAAAAUUAAGAUUAUGGUCAUAAUUCACAAAAUUGUUUUUAAAUAUUCAGUUAUUAAAUCAAAAUAAAAUGCUAGAACACAUUUAAACAAUU